GACGUUUCCGUUCGUCGCUGCUCGCGCUGUUGCCGGAAGUGAAGAUGGUGGCCUUCACCGCCGAGGCGGAUCUGGUGACGGGAUGGUGUCUCUUCGGCCUUGCUUUACUGGUCAUUUUGGUGUUUUGCUGGGUUUAUGUCCGCAAGUACCAGAGUAAGCGAGAAAGUGAAGUAAUUUCCACCAUAACAUCUAUUUUUGCUUUGGCAAUUGCACUUAUUACAUCAGCUCUCCUUCCUGUGGACAUUUUUCUGGUUUCUUAUGUGAAGAACCAGAAUGGAACUUUUAAGGACUGGGCUGAUGCCAAUGUUACAAGACAAAUUGAAGACACUGUAUUAUAUGCAUAUUAUACCCUUUACUCCAUCAUAUUAUUCUGUGUAUUUUUAUGGAUCCCAUUUGUCUACUUCUACUAUGAAGAAAAAGAUGAAGAUGAUGGCAAUACAUACGUGCAGGUUAAAACUGCAGUCAAGUAUACACUAGGAUUCCUUCUGGUUUGUUCAGUUCUUCUAAUUAUUGGAGCUUUUGUUCCACUGGAUAUUCCUACCAAGAAAAACUCAACAGAGUGGGAGAAAAUAAAACUUUUGUUUGAAGAACUUGGAAGUAGCCAUGGUUUAGCUGCCCUCUCUUUCUCCAUAAGUUCUUUGACCCUUAUUGGAAUGGUGGCAGCUAUUACCUAUACGGCUUAUGGUAUGUCUGCUUUGCCUCUAAACCUUAUAAAAGGCACAAGAAAUGCUAGUUAUGAACGCUUGGAAAACACUGAAGAUAUUGAAGAUGUUGAGCAAAAUAUUCAAAGAAUUAAAUCAAAGUGCAGAGAUGGUCGGCCUUUACCAAAUCGAGACAGGCAAAUGCUGCAACAGCUUGAAGACAAAUUAAGAAGCCUUCGCAAAAGAGGACGGCGUCUGGAAUACGUUGAGAAAAGCUGCUGGACAAAAUUCUGUGGUGCCAUGAGACCCCUAAAAAUUGUAUGGGGAAUAUUUUUUAUACUUGUGGCUCUGCUGUUCACUAUUUCUCUCUUCCUGUCGAAUUUGGAUAAAGCACUUCAUUCUACUGGUAUAAGUUCUGGAUUUAUAAUCCUGGGAACUAAUUUGACCAACCCAUUGAAUAUGUUGUUACCUGUUCUACAGACAGUAUUUCCCUUAGAUUAUAUUCUUAUUACCACCAUCAUCAUGUACUUCAUAUUUACUUCAAUGGCUGGAAUUCGCAAUAUGGGUAUAUGGUUCUUCUGGAUAAGGACUAAUAAGACAUUUGAAGGACAUUUGAACAAUGAAACAACAUACACAUCCAAAGACUGUGAUGCAGAUGCACCUGAAGAUCAGUGCACCGUUACUCGGACAUAUCUGUUUCUACACAAAUUUUGGUUCUUCAGUGCUGUAUAUUACUUUGGCAAUUGGGCUUUUAUUGGAGUUUUCUUGAUUGGAUUAAUUGUGUCAUGCUGCAAAGGAAAAAAAUCAGUCAUUGAAGGUGAAGUGGAUGAAGAUGAUUCAGAUAUAAGUGAUGAUGAGCCAUCGCUCUAUUAUGGCUGACAGCCUGCAGUCCUGAAGGUUAAAGCUUGCAAUGUAAAACUGUGAAAAUGCCACUUUUGGUUCUGACUUUAUUCUUGGAAAAGUUCAAGUUUGCCAACAUUGAAGGGAGAAAUAAUAUAAACCAGGAUUUGGAAUGUCUGCGAAUCUGACUGGCUUACAGUUAAAUUCAUUUGUACAUAGGCACAAGAGCUAAUUUUAUGAAGGAAAAAUUAAAGAGAACUAUUUUUUGAGUAUAUAGCUACAAAGCUGUGAUGUCAAUUAAAUGCCGUUUAAGUUUGUUUUUGUUAGUCUUGAAUUUUAAAUUCAUUAAUGAUUUUUGUUUCUUUAGACUAUUGACAAAUCCUAAUCAAACUGACAAAUGUGUCAUACAUCUCAUGGAAAUCUAAAGUUACUAGUGCUUGUUAAUAUGAAACUAAUACCUAAAAUACACUUGUUGGUAUAUGAAAUGAUUCUUAAAGACAAUAGAACUAUUGACUGGUCAUUAGAGAGAAUCCCUCUCAUAUCAAAUGUGAAUGCAGUAUGAUAUUCAAUAGUUGCAGAUGGGAUGCAACUAUUAUAUCCAGCAAAAUAGCGGGAGAAAUAUGUAUUCUAUUCUAAAGUUUUGUUUAUUCAGUUUAGUAUCUGCUCACAUAUGCUAUUCUCAACCCAGAUGGAUAGAGAGCAAUGGGCUGAUCAACAAUAUAGAAUAUGUCCUGAACUUUCUAAUUCAAAAUAGCGAUGUAAAGAAAGAUGUUUUUUUCCAUUGUUCAUACAAUCUGUGAGCUUUAAUUUCUUCAUGGUUUAAACUAAACCCAAUAUGUACAUUUUAAAAAGACAUUAAAUAUUGAUCACCUUGCUUGGUUACAGUUUGCUGUUUACUGUCUUGGCAUAAUAAUACAAAUAUGCUGAACCCUGUUUUAAACACUGAAACAACUAUUCAAUAUAAUUUUGCUUAAUUAUACCUGAUGAAGGGCACAAAUGUUUAAAAAUCAUGUCAUUUUGUUUCUUAUUUUGUGAAAUAAAUUAAUCAGGAUCCCAAGUGCAUACUA